UCGCGCACGCCACAUCUCCCCCGGCACAGUGUCUAUGUGUGUGACGAGAUGGGCACGGUGAACUACUACAUCCGCGAGUCGAUCUCGUUCGUCGUGACGUACGUGCUCUGUGCGUUCUACAGCCUCACGGUGCUGGGCGGCAUUCUGGUGCUGUUUGUCACGAAGGCGCACACCAAGUUCUGGCAGGCGAAGGACCGGCCGGUGCCACCGCCCUGUCUGCAGCAGCAUGACUACGGGGUGCACAAGUAUCAGAAUGCGAACGGCAUCAAGAUUCACUACGUCGAGAGCGGGGACCACUCGAAGCCGCUGAUGUUGCUGGUGCAUGGGUUCCCAGAGUUUUGGUACUCCUGGCGUCAUCAGCUGAAGGAAUUUUCCAAAGAUUACUGGGUCGUCGCGUUGGAUAUGCGUGGCUAUGGCGACACCGAGAAGCCGGAGUAUCGGUACGCGUACCGUAUCGACAAUCUGACCGAAGACAUCCGCUGCCUGGUGCGAGCAUUAGCUCCGGGAAGACCCAAGUUUACGUUGGUGGCCCACGAUUGGGGUGCGGUAGUUGGGUGGCACUUUGUCACCAAACACAUGGAUCUGGUGGACCGGUACAUCAUGAUGGAUGCUCCCUCGUCGCGGGUAGCGAGGAAGUUGUUUGCCACCAGCAAAACACAGUUCAAAAUGUCCUGGUACAUCUUCUUCUACCAAAUGCCCUGGCUGCCGGAGUUCUUCCUCCGGUUGAUGGAUUUGCGCAUCUUUAAGAUCGUGUUCCGAGAGCACGGCGGAGACGAGGUGAUCGAGGCCUACAAGUACACCUUCUCCAAGCCGAACGCUCUCACCUACCCGAUCAACUACUACCGCCAGAAUCUACGGUUCUUCGCAGGCGGUCCGCCGCCGAAACCAAAGACUUUCGCACCGGGCCUCUAUCUGUUGGGCGAGAAGGAUGCGUACGUGUCGAAGGAAACGGGCCCCCUGCUGCAGCGGGACUUUGAAAACCUAGACUUUAAGAUAGUGCCCGGCGUUGACCACUUCCUGCAGCAACACAAUCCCGAGCUGGUCAACCGGUACAUGCGAGAGUUCCUGGCCAAAUCCUGAGACGCCGAUAGUUUCCCCAAGUAUUAUGUCCUUCGCCCAGGAAAAGGCCCAGAAUAAUAAUGGCAGUAAUG